AUGAACAAAAGCCUGAUCACACUUUUGAUAAUAAUUGGAACUCUGAAUUCGAUUAAAUGUUCAAACAUUAAUGCAGUUGAUAUUGGAGAUGAUAUUGUCCUUUUUUUAAAAGGUUUCCUAGUUGGAAGUAUUUAGCAGGAUCUUAAUGAACUUAAUAAAUGCGAUUUUAAACAUAUGGGAAUGAUCACUACUUACAAAGAAGCCUUAGAAAAAUUCAAAGGAAAGAAGUUAGACACAAUUAUUGAUGGACUCAAGUUGAUGGCUAAAUUUGUAGGUGAAUCACUUGUUGACUUGGGUCUAUGCCCAGGAGUUAGAGACUCUGUUAUGCAUUUGAGUGCCAGACUUAUGGAAUUAACUAAUCCUAUUAAUUUUGUCAGAAUUGCAGGUAAAAACGUAGUUAUCCACAGCUUUCAAAUUAUUGAUAAUGUUAAUUAAGGAGUUCAAGCUGAGAAAGAUCAUGAUCAUUUUGAAUUUGGAAGAAGAAUCGGUCUAGCAAUCGCUCUUUUGAUUAAUUGA